AUGUCAUCGACAAGUGAACAUGAAAAAUACACAAGAGUUUGGAUAAAAUAUCCAGAAUGUGCUCGAAUUAUCCAAAGAUAUAGUGAUGAAAAUGAGCAUCUUCAUAUUCUAUGCAACUAUGAAGCAAUUGGUCUAAUUAUAAUUUAUUUCAAUAAAGACAAAGCAACUGAACUUCAUAAUUUAUGUAUUACUAGUGCCACUCUCGACAAAAUUAUCACAAAAUUUAUAUUAAUUGAUAUUUCUUUACCAUCUAUCUCGGAUUUAACAAUAACGGAUAAAAGUAAUUUAGCACAAGAUAUUCUUAGAUUAAAAGAUCAAAUACAAUCUGAGAAUAUUUUAUUAAUACUUGAACAACGAUGUAUUCAUUUGUUUGGUUUUAUUGACAUUGUCAGAGUAGUUGAAAAACAAAUAGAAGAAAUCAAGACAAAAUAUGCAUCAAGUACGUUUAAACUUAGUUUAGAAUCGAAACAGAUAAAAUUUUUGUUGGAUGUGUAUUAUGAAGAAUUGAAAGCACUUGAAACUAAUUUUCAAGAUGCAGCAAUUAUUGAGCCUUUGAGAAAUGGUGAAUUUACAGCUCCAAGUUAUGUCCAUGAUAGAAUCGAAAAAGAGAUAAUGGCAUUAACUUCAUUAUGUAUGCCAAUUAAUUUUGAAAUUCAAGAAGAAGCUUUUGGUGUAAUAGCACAUAAUGAAUGUACUAAUCUGAAAAAUAUUGGUCGUCAAUAUAAAUGUCAAAUCGAAAUAGAAAAGAAGCCUACAAGUAAGAUUUGCGAAAUACCCAAGGCUUUAGCACAAGAUCAUAUUUCAAAUAAAUUAACAGCAGCAGCCAUCAGAAUACUAAAAGGUGAUUUAGCUGAACAAAAAGUCGAUCUUGUUGUUGUUUCUUCAACAUCACUAUAUCUAUGUGAUGGUAUACUUAAAAAAGCUGGAGAAUCCGUGAAAAAAGAAUAUAAUGCAGCUGCAAAUAGAUCAUCAUUAGAACCUUUGGAAAUUGAUUCAGGACAAUUACUAUGUCGAAAACUUUUAUUUUUAACAUGGCAAAUAAAUCAAACUAGUCAAGAAGCAUUUUAUCAAUCAAUUCGAAAUUUUGUUAGUAAAGCUGUUCAACAUGCCAUUAAAGCUCAUCAUACAUCAAUUGCAUUUCCAGCAAUUGGUUGUGGAAAAUAUAAUUUCGACAAAAAUAUUGUUGCCAAUGAAAUGUUAAUUGAAGCUCAAACACAAUUAUUAUCAGCUAAUGUUUUAUUACAAAUAAAUUUUGUUAUUUUACCUACUGAAAAUGACGUUUUUAAUAUAUUUCAAGCAAAACUUGAAAGUCUUCAAAAGGGCAAUGUAGAAAUAAAUGAUACUCAAAUAGAAUACAAUCUUACAACAAUUACCACAACAAUCAUAUCUAACAGUACAGAUAAACAAGAGGAAUGCAAAAAGGCCUUAAAUAGUCAUGUAAAUAAAUCAAUUUUAGUUCGUGAACAUUGUCAACAACAUGUACUUAAAAAAUGGACACAACCCGCUAUUAAUGCAUUUUAUAAGUAUUGUUUUCAUCAACAUGUUGUACUAGAUAUGAAUAUUCUUAUUGGUUAUUGUAAAUUAUCUGGUUCAAAAGAAUCAGUUACAGAAGCAGAAAACGAAUAUUAUCGAGAACAAACUAAACAAAGUGAACAAGCUCGUCUAAUGGCUAUUGCUCGAGAUAUAAUUUGGGCAUUUGAAAAAGAUGAUAAAAAUUGGGAAAAAUAUGUACCUGAAUUAAAUGCUCUUAUUGAAGAUGCAUUUAUAUCUAAAUUACAAACUUUUAAGUAUUCCGACAAUAAAUCUGUAGAAUAUGUUAUUGAUUUUACACAAAACAUUGAAACAUGUGUAAAUACUCAGCUACAACGUCAAAUUAUUCGACAUGCUGAUGCUGGUUUACCACCACAUUGGAUGUUACAAACAGAAAAUGUUGCCCGAUUUUCAUUAGAUGAGAAUUCAAAUGAAUACAAAGAUAUUGGUGCUUUAUUUCACACAACAAUGGCUAAUGAAUGUAUUGUCAUACUUCGUAUAGAACGUAUUCAAAAUAAGCAAUGGUAUACACAAUAUAAUUCAUAUAAAAGAUUUUCACCAAAGAAAGAUACAGAAAAAAAAUUAUUUCAUGGUUGCCGACAAAAAUCAGUUGAUCUUAUUGUUAAUUCAUUUUUCAAUCGAUCGUUUGCUGGAGUUAACGGUUGGUUCGCUUUUACUUUAAGAAAUCUUUGUAAAAACAAAAUGAGUUUAUUUGCAGGUGUUUUAUAUGGACAAGGAGCUUAUUUUUCAGCAAAAGCUUCCUACAGUCAUGGUUAUGCUAUGCCAAGUACACAGAAUGGUGAACGGUAUAUGUUUGUAGUCAGUGUAAUAGUGGGUAAUAGUACUCGAGGAAAUACUAACAUGAAAAUACCACCUCCAGGUUUUGAUUCCACUACUGACGGAGAUCAUAUAUUUGUUACAUAUCGAGAUGAUCAAGCUUAUGCAGAAUAUCUUAUUGUUUAUAAAUGA